AUGGGCAGCCAUCACGAUCCCAAGCUGCUCUAUGCGAUCAAGGGCAUCAAGGCCUAUCACAUCCAAGAUGGACAAGAACAAGACCUCACCCCGUCCGGCCCACAAACACUCUCCCUUCUCAUGGUCCCGACAAGCUCGGCCUUUGCCGACCUCAGCACGACGGUGCCGCAGAACGAAAUCGCCGACGAAGACUUUUAUCUCCACCUCAACCUCCCGCCUGAGCUCGAUCUUCCCCUACCAGCCACCACGCAGGUCUACCAUCAACCCCCGCACAGCUAUCUCAUCCCCCGCUGGGACCUGGGACACGGCUCCGGGGCCUUCACACGCAUCGAGUUCCCACGCAUCGGCGCCGGCGUGACCCAAGACGAUGUCGACACCUUUGAGACCAUCUUGGCGCAAUGCACGGCCUUCUUGGAACGCGCGAAGCCGCCCAUGCCCAAUGGAGCGGGGGAGAAGAGCACGUACAAUCCUUCAGACUACGCGGCGGGUGGUAGAUAUUCCUCGGAUGAAAAGGGUGGCAGACAGCACGGAGAGAUUGUCCUCAUUGACGAGGACAACGGCUCCGUCGUAGGGGAGCUGGGAAAUGCCACGCAGAUUAUGGAAUCGUCGUCUCUCAAGCCAGGCAGCAAGGACCCCGUCGAGAUCGAGGUCAGCGCCGACGGUAAGCGCAUCGAAGUCCGGCCCGUGUCCGAGGACUAUCUCCAGAUGGCCAGGCAUCCCGCCUAUCAAGACAGCAGCAUCGUUCAGAAUGCUGCGACGGCGUCCCGUCUACUGGUCACCACUAGCUCGUACAUUGGCAACAUGCUCACCAACCAGGCGGAGAACUUCACCAAAUCAACAAAACCAAACGCCAAACCCAUGGAAUUCGCGCCAGCAACCCACCAGCGUGUUCGCAAAAUCAACACCUUCACACAAGGCGCUGCCAGCAUGUCGAGUAAGACUGUGGGGCAGCUGAGCAACACCGUGCAGAACAUCGCCGCCAAAGCUGCUGGUAAGAAGAAGGAGCGGCCACACAAGGGCUAUGAUGAGAAUGGGAAACCAUUGGACAAGGACGACUACAAGCCGGGUAUGCUCAACAAAUCUCUCAUCGCAUUCAGCACUGUCAUGGACGGUAUCGCAACCAGCGGGAAGACCUUGCUAGAGACUGGUGGCGGGGCAGCAAGUACGGUGGUCGGGCACAAAUGGGGAGAGCAGGCUGGAAGUCUAGCUGGUAAUCUGGCUGGAGGCGUAAAGAACGUGGGUUUGGUGUACAUUGAUGUCGCUGGUGUGUCACGGCGUGCGGUCAUCAAGAGUGUGGCAAAGGGUAUGGUUAUUGGAAAAGUCAGAGGUGGGGGACAGGUCGUCGUUGGCGGAGGCGACGGAGGCGUCAUUCCCGAGGAGGACCUCAAGGCCGCACAGGGAUAUCAAAGCACACCGAACAAGCAGAGCGGAUUCCAGCCCGCAGGCGAGAGUUAUCAACCAGGAGCCUACGGGUCGGCAGCACCGCCUCCGCAAUAUCAGGAACAUGGACAGUCGGGAAGUUCUUAUCCCAGAGAGAAGUUUCAAUGA